AUGGGCAAACUAUUGGCAGACAAGCUGGGCAAGUUGGCGAACAAGCCGGUUGUCGGAGACGUUGAUAUCGAGGAUGACCGAGUGUUUGAGCACCGUGAGUCAGGAAGUGACUCUGAUAUGGAUUCUGGAGAUGAGGAGUUGAAGAAAGCGCACUAUGCUCAGGUUGGAGAGUCUAAAUUGAGGAAACAGUUGGACUCUGAGAAGAACCUACAGGAACUGGAUACCAAGUAUGUUGGGUCUGUGGGCUCUAGGGAAGACAUAUACGGCGAGAAUGCAUCUUCCGGAUCGGAUUCCGGAUCGGAUUCAGAACUGGAGGAUGACGAGAGUGAUGCACCUGCCAAUGAUUUACAGUCAAAUGACGAAUCCGAGAGCGUCGAGAGCGAGUCUGAAGAAUCUGACCACGAAUCUGGAAGUGAGUCUGACAACGGCGAAGUCCUGAGGAAGAUUGUAGAGAAGGAAACCAGGCAAGCCAUGAAUAGAAUAUCUGAUUUGACCAAGAGGGAUGCUUCUAAGGGUUAUUCUAUUCUGUCACAGAAUAAGUUCUUUGAAAACAUUUUGGACACUAGAAUCAAAUUACAAAAAGCAAUGAACUCUGCAAAUGUGUUGCCAGUGACCAAAGCUAGCUGGAAGUUAGAAUUAAAAGAGGACUCUGAAAACAAAAAAUUACUGGAAGAAAAUCUCUCCAUGGUUGAAAAUCUACUUAACAGAGUAAUAAACUUUAGAAUAGACAUACAAGCUAAAGAAGGUAUCUCUACUGACUCUAAACUUGAAACGUCAAAGAAAAGAGAUAUUACAGAUCUAAACGAAAGUACAGAUGCCUUAGACAAAGAUCUAAAGAAAUAUAGAACUGCGGUAUUACAAAAAUGGUCCGCAAAGGUGUCGAGUGCUUCCGGUUCCUCUGCUAUGAAAUCAUCCAAGUUUAAAGCAGUGAACCAAUCUGCCGAUGCACAGGUUGAAAACCAGUUGGCUGAUACUCCUAGACUAAUAAAGAGAACUUGCCUCAACAGAAGAAACGUUCUACCAAUAAACUUUACUGAGGAUAUGGAGCAAGGAAGAUUGACCAAGUUUGAGAGCACGUCUAAUACAGGUGAAAACAAUGACGAAGAUGAAAAUGCCGAUAUUCCUAAGAACUAUGAUCCAAGAAGGAAAGAUAAUAACGCUAUUGACAUAUCAACAAAUCCAUACAUCUUUGACGACGGUGAUUUCUAUAGAGUUUUACUAAAUGAUCUGAUUGACAAAAAGACUUCCAGUGCAAACUUGGGUGUUACCAGCUCAGCUACUAACAGUGCCAUCAUUGUCUCCAAAUCAAACUAUAAACUCAAAAAGAAUGUUGACACCAAGGCAUCAAAAGGUAGAAAAUUAAACUACUCCAUCCAGGAACCAAUUGCGAACUAUGAAGCUCCUGUCAGUUCCGGUUAUAAAUGGUCCGAUGAACAAAUUGAUGAAUUCUUUGCUGGCCUAUUAGGUCAAAAGAUCAACUUUAAUGAAGACUCGGAACAGGAUUCUGAAUCCGAUGUUGGCGAUGAAGAAGAAGCCAUCAAAAAUGAUGACAUUCAAAUCUUUGCUUAG